AUGCUUAUUUUAAGCUUUAGCCUUAUGGCUACCAAGCGAUAUGUACCAAUGAUACCUUACGGUGUUAAAAUAAGCCGCAGCUACCGAGAAAGCAAGUUGCAACAGCGCCUCGCCAUGGAAGCCGCCAGGAAACAACGUGAGAUGAAGGGUAUGCUGUUGGACACGCGUAAAACUUUAUUAAUGAGUUUACGUGAUAAUAGCGAUAUUAACUGGUACAGGGCUACACAAAUUCUGAAACAUCUUGAGGUACACCGCAGGCACCCCAGCGGUGCCACGCAGGCGUGGCGUGAACGGAUCACCAAAAUCGCAGACAAAGUCAAAUUAGGAAGGUGA